CGCCAGUGUUACCGGUGGGUCUUCAGUCCAGCGGAGCAACGGUUGCUGUUGCUGAUCCACCGCUCGCCGAUAAUUCUCCCCCUUUCUUACCGGGACGCCACGAGCAGCCCCCACAAACCCGAACACCAUGGCGGACAGAGAGAACUUAGUCUACCAGGCGAAACUCGCCGAGCAAGCGGAGAGAUACGACGAAAUGGUGGCGUCGAUGAAGAACGUGGCCAGCAUGGACGUGGAGCUGACGGUGGAGGAGAGGAACCUGCUGUCGGUCGCCUAUAAGAACGUGAUCGGCGCCAGGAGAGCGUCCUGGAGGAUAAUCAGCAGCCUGGAGCAGAAAGAAGAAAACAAAGGCGGCGAAGACAAACUCAAGAUGAUCCGGGAAUACAGGAAAACGGUCGAGAAAGAGCUGAAAUCGAUCUGCAACGACAUUCUGGAUGUCCUGGACAAGCACCUCAUCCUCGCUGCAGUCACAGGAGAAUCCAAGGUGUUCUACUACAAAAUGAAGGGAGAUUACCACAGGUACCUGGCGGAGUUUGCCGCGGGCAACGACAGAAAAGAGGCGGCGGAGAACAGUUUGGUCGCAUACAAAGCUGCGAGCGACAUCGCCAUGAUCGAGCUCCCUCCAACGCACCCCAUUCGUCUGGGAUUGGCCCUGAACUUUUCAGUUUUCUAUUAUGAAAUCCUCAACUCGCCGGACCGCGCUUGCAAGCUGGCGAAGGAAGCGUUCGACAACGCCAUCGCAGAACUGGAUACGCUGAGCGAGGAAAGCUACAAGGACUCGACACUCAUCAUGCAGCUGCUGCGGGACAACUUGACACUAUGGACCUCAGACGUGCAGGGAGAUGGUGAUGAACCGAACAAAGAAGCACCUGUGCAAGAUGCGGCGGCGGCGGCGGCGGAGACCCAGUGAGACUGAACCACAAAAGACAAGUCCUCCCUCCUCCCCUCCUCCCUUUUCUUUCUCUCCUCCCAGCUCCUGUCCCCAGCCACAGUUUUGAACUGGGUUUCUACUGCAGCCCACACUCUUCCUCCACCUUUCCCUCCAGUUCUACCCGUCCGUCUGAGUCGUUCUCCUCGUAUGCAUGUCAUGUCCCGAUGCUCGGCUCCCACUCCCCAGGAGUUUGACCUUAUUUCUGACGACUCGUUUUGCAAGCCUGUACCCUUUACGGUUCAUGUCCUCUUUCUUUUAUUUUGCUUUACUUUGCUGUAUCAUCUGUUGCCAAGUUUCGCUUGCCUGUAUUUCUAACACGCAUAUGCAAGAGUUUAUUUAAAGACAAUACUUAGCUGUUAAAUUUGUUUUCCCCCUGUAUUUGUGUGUUUCUAAACAAUAUAUUGUCCAUGCAGUCGGUCAGUUUUGAAACAUUUCAGUUUGCAAAUUGAGGAAAUAAAGUGGCGAUGAAAGAUUGAAACGGGAUGUGUGAAAGCUUUUUGGAAGAACCAAGCGCCCGUUUUACUUUGUGGUUACCAAACCUGCUCCUUCGACACAUCAAUCUCUUUUUUUAUGACAAAUGGCAGAAUGUCCUCCUUCUCCAAGCAUCACUGAGUCAUGUGCUGCGAGGCUGGAGAACUUUUGCUGAUGGCAGAUAGUUAGGUAAUGGCUUCUUAGCAGUGUGUGUGCGUGGGAGGGGAAUGCUCAACACUAUUGAUUGUAAUAUAAUGCAGUUUUUGCAUUGGCACCAUCUAAAAAGAAAAAGUUUGGGAAAUCUUUACAGUCCUGACUAUUUCAGGGUUCCUCUUCUCAGCCGUCUCUUUCCCACUCCUCGUUUCCUCUCUUCAUUCUCUUCGGUAUGUGUAACGUGAAUCUGAUUUGUACUACUGGAUAUUCUCAACGGAGCCACAAGUACCAUUUGUAUUCUUACUGAAACACAGCAUGGAAUUAACAUUAAACUUCAAAUUGAAAAAUGUAA